UGUUGGGCUGGGACAACCAAAGGGUGAAGAGUUGCGACCCCAUAAGAUGUCUAGUGCCAAGCAGCGCAGGAGGGGAGUCCCAGUUUGAGCAUGGUGACAACGGUGAGGAUGACGAUGGUAUGAAUGACAAUAGAGUUCUCCUUAUUCCCCCAGACCUACAACACCAACGCACAGGUGCCCGACAGCGCAGGCACAGCCACUGCGUACCUCUGCGGUGUCAAAGCCAAUGAGGGGACGGUGGGCGUCAGCGCCGGUGUCACCCGUGACCGCUGCAACACCACCAAGGGCCAGGAGGUGACCUCCAUCCUCCGCUGGGCUAAGGAUGAAGGCAAGGCGGUGGGCAUUGUCACCACCACACGGGUGACCCACGCGACGCCCAGCGCUGCCUACGCGCACUCGGCCAACCGUGACUGGUACUCUGAUGGAGAGAUGCCCCCGGACGCGCUCGAGGGUGGCUGCAAAGACAUCGCCCGACAGCUGGUGGAGAACAUCCCUGACAUCGAGGUGGGGAUGGCACUGGGGACACUGGGACCAGGAGGAGCUGGGACCACUUGUGGGUGGGCUGAUACUGGGCUGGCACCACUGAAGGAUGCAGAGUUGGGAUGAAAAUGGGCUGAAGAAAAGCUAAAACCAGCAAAAUGUGCUGAGGGGGUACAGCAUACACACAUCAGGGAUGAACAAAAGGGGGUGGAUGUUGAGCUGGGACCACUAAAGGGUGCAGAGUUGGGACCCCAGGAAGAUGUAGGGCUGAGAUCCUCAAUAGGUAUUGGUGAUGGGGUCACUAAUGGGUUUAGGGUUGGGGCUCCAGGAGACGAUGGCUGGGACUACUCAUGGGUGAAGGGCUGGGAUCUAGUAGAUACUGCACUGGGACCACUGAUGGGUACAGAGUUGGGACCUCAAGAAGAAGAUGUAGGGCUGGGAUCCUCCAUAGGUGUUGAGUUGGGACCACCAAUGGCUUCAGAGCUGAGACCCCAGAAGAUGUAGGCCUGGGAUAAUCUGUAGGUGUUGGAUUGAGACCACUGAUGGCUGCAGAGUUGGGACCCCAAGAAGAUGUAGGGCUGGGAUCCUCUAUAGGUUUGGGAUUGGAGCCACCAAUGGCUGCAGAGCUGGGGCUCCAGGAGA